UCUAAAAUUAGUUGUUUGCUUUUUAUGCACCAGAACUUUAUAAGCGAAGGCAAAAUACCAUACAUAAAUUUUGACAAUUUUGGCUUUCAAUUACAGCUUUUAGGGCAUCUCCACCGAAGGGACCUAAUUGCGUUGCAAAGCUUAUUUGGCACCCGCGUCAAGCCCACCGCGGUACUUGUGCGAGAACUAAUUUAGCUUCGAGUUCAUCCGUGUUCAUCCGAAUCUGAACAAAACUCAGGUUUGCCCCGGGAUCUAACGGGAGCAAAUCAUCUGACGGAUGGUUUUUUUCAAGCAAAACAAUGUAAUUGGGUCAAUGUGAGUUUGUAAUUGUCAGUAAAUGUUUACAUUAGGAAAGAUGCUUGAUUUUUCGAUUUCAAUUCUUCGAGUUUGGAGAUAUUUUCCCUCCUGUGCUGCAAGUUUACGCAUGAAAAAUGACUUUCGGCAAUCUGGGGUGUUAGUUUGUUUAUGUCGCGUUGGGGCAGUGUUUGAUUAAUUCUAGAUAACUUUUUCAAAACAACCAAUGUCCCAUGGGUUUCCUAUGUACAUAGGACCUUUUGAAAAAGUAAGCGAGAAUUUGUCGCAUUGUCGAUCUUCUGCCGGACAUUUGAAAAGGUCUUUUGUAUUGCGUAAAAAGCAAAAUUCAAGCAAAACAUUUUGAAUGAACCAAUGUGGAUUUGAAAACAAGCAAGCUAUCCUACACAUUCUAAAUGUAAACCUUCGCUAACGUGAGCAGGAUCGACUGUGUGUUUGCAAAUCCAAAUUUACCCAAUGACAUUGUUUUGCUUAAAUUAUAAUUAAAGAUGGGAUUCAAUACAGCACACAGAAUUAAAAACGUUGCACAGAAUUUUGAUAAACAAUCGCAAAAAAACAAAACCAAACCACAUUCUUCAGUUAAAUGCGUUAGUGUCAACUAAACAAACAACAAUGUUUAUCUCCCUUUACGGCCAGCUAUUGCGUUAUCGUUUGAGUUUUAUUAGAAGGUUACCUGUUGUCUCUGAAUUUGCAAAACAGUUCCAACUGUCAAAGUCAAAGUGAAAUAAAUAGCAUUUUCCCGAGAUUAAAAAUGUGCCAUGAGAAUAUUGGUCGGCUUCAAAUAAAAAAUUAUCCAAACGCUAUUUAUGAAAUGUUGAUUUUUUACAUUCAAGUCAAACAGUCACUCAAAUUUCAUAUCAAGAUAUUGAAUAGUAAAUCAGAAAGGACUUAAAAUGAUAAUGAUAAUGUUUGAUGCAAGGUCUUCCGUAGGUCUACACCCGAAUAUGCGACGUGGACCUGCAUGAAUCUUCAGCUGCUGCCGGAAGGGUGUAUUCUGAAAUUACCGAAUUACCGAUAAUGUUUGAUUUUUUUUAAUGAAUUAUUAAAAAUAUUUUUUGCAUAUAACUUUUUUUUUUACACAAGGCCGUUGCCAAUACUUUUCAAAGUUUAUGUGGCGUCGCGGUGUUCAUCAAGCAUUCAUAGCAUGCUAAGGAAAAUGUGAUGCUUUUCUGGGGAAAACGGUUGGUUCCGAAAACCCCGGAUGUAUUGCCGUUGAGCUCGAUGGGGGUUGAACGAAUCGACCUGGUCUCUUAGGGAAAGCUGUUCUCCAGACAAUUCCGCUCAUUUCUGGCCAUCCUAGAAGUUUCUACAUGUUUUCCCCAGGCCUGUAGGAGCGAAUGAACGAAAAUUCAAAAUUUCCCAUAGCAAAUCCCAUGUAAAGUUGAACACGCUUGAGACAAGCCAGUUUUCAACCAAAUGAGCUGAAAUUUGGCGUGAGAGUCUCUGUGGGUAUGCCCUAAAAGAGGAACCACAUCAGAACUUGAUCUGAGAACUUUUCAAAAUCCGUACCCACCCUAAUGUCCAUGAACAUUUUCACAAAAAAAGUAUUUCAUAAAGCGAUUUGAUUAAUUGUUAUUUUAAAAACCGGAGUGAUUUUGAUAGUGAUUACGUCAAAUUCACUUUUGGUACGGUUACUUCGAAUGUCUAAUUUGAAAAAUUCUUAAUAUAGAGAAGAAUAAAUAAAAAUACAAAUUUACUAUAAAACUUGUGGUACUGUAAACCGGGGUGACUUUGAUAGGAUUUCAAUUUGUUUUUGGAAUAUUUUCCAACAGGAAAGGUUUUUCUCAAGAUUAUUAUUUCUAAAACAUGUACUGGGGUACGCCACACCAAGUCCAUGCACUAUUUUGGAAAAAAGUUUUUUCAAUUGUGUUUAGAAAAAUAGUUACGUUAAAAAUUCUUAAUUCAUAUUUAAGAUGUUCAAACUUUAUUUGUACACCCAAUUGAGAGUCGAGAGAAUCGUUCUCUCAAAAUUUAUUGAGGGCUCAGCGCCAAAAUCGAGAGAAUAAUGCCAUCAACUCACACCACCAUAACAUUCAUUAAUUGAAACAAAAAUCUCCAACAAGUGUCAUACAUCGACAUCUGACCACUCUUUUCACUAAGUUGUGGUGGCCGAGGCAGUUAAGUCAUUUCAAAGGUCUCUGGUUCGAUUCCCGUAGUCGACACUUUUGGUUUUUUGUUUUGAUGGAUGAACUUUUUUUUUGCAAAUGAACCUCGAUAGAAUUAUUCUUUCGCCAAUCUCGAGCUGUGUUCUCUGUGUCCGUGAAUGGUGCCACUAUUCUCUAAACUCGAGGCCAUUAUUCUCUCGGACAAGCACUGCCCAGUAUAACGUUUAGUCUGUUAGAUAAGGAAAAGUUGUACCGCCCUAGUGCAAACAGAACAAAAAUUGUUAGAAAUCUCAAUCAGAAGCAACACACCCCCCGUUCGCAAGCAGAUGCCUCUAACGCUCGCUUGCAAUUUCUUGCCAUCGCGCACCAACACAAACGUGCGCUACCACUUCCGCUCGGACACACAAAAGUCAGUCCGCGACAGCUCUCGUCGGGUUCGGUCGUGCACGUCUACGACCUGCGCGUUUGCGACGUUCGACAACGCGUGUGCGGGCAAGUUUGGUGCGGUGAACGAUUCGCUCGUGCUGGCCGUCGUCUUGGCCGAGAAGGCCGUCCGGAGAACAGCGCCAUCGAAAAAGGAAAGAGACGUGUCGGCACGAUUCCUUGGCCACCCCCCAGCGAACAAAUCGAGCGCAGGAACGCCACACCUUGGCCUGGACAAACGCGUCGGUGUUAAGGAUCGGAUUGUCGCACGCAGAAGACCGACAGCAACAAACGAAAGAUCACCACUCGCCAACUGCCACACGGAGGCAACGAACGGAGGGACGAAUUCCACCGAACAGCACCAAAGCGCACUUCAAGGUAAUUGCGCGAAAGGUAGUCCAAAAAGAAUUUUCUUGACUCUUUUGUUCCCUGCUGCAGAAUCCACCUCCCCGACAGCGGCUGUCGUAGGAAGAAGAACACGACGCAAGAGGAAGUCCCCACAGUAGCACGUCGGCAAGACAAAGGCCCCAAAUAGGGUGAGUUAGGGUGUCAAGGUGCCUUUUUGGAUGGGCGAAUAACAUUGUGCUUCAUUCAGGGUUUUUGUCUGGGGCGAAUUCGCUUCUGCGGAUGAUCGCCGGAAUCGGCGCCUGAGCAGAUCUCUGUCGACGCGACGGAUUGCUGCCGGAAGGAGUUGGAGGUGACGGUGCCCAGCAGGGCUUCAACUGGCGGGCGCACGAAGGAGCGCGGAAUUCGGUACUGCCCAGCAGGGCUUCAACUGGCGGGCGCACGAAGGAGCUCGGAAUCCGGUACUGCCCAGCAGGGCUUCAACUGGUUGGCGCACGAAGGACAUCGGAGUCCGGCACUCGUCGAGCGGUGUGUUGAGCGAGCUGCAUUUGAAGAACCGCGCACGCGCGGCAGUGGCAGGGUUGGCAUGCGAGGGGCGGUAAGAAGAACAAGCGGCGCCGCUAAGAAGAAAACGCGCAGGUAUCGUGCACCUAGUUUUUAAGAAGAGAAAACCACGACAGUUCAGAGUUAAGGCGAAUUUGUAGGGGACCACGAAGGUCGGUGUCGUUAUGUAGUAUUAAUACAAAUAUGAAGAGCAAAAUCUUUGUUUUUGUUGGGCUUUUUGAGCUUGCCGGAAGAAAAAUUGUUACAAAUGGCGCCCAACUAAAUUCGAACCAAAAUUAUGCUGUAGUUUUGAGGUUUUGAGAUUUUUGUAAGCCCGUCGUGGUGAGUUUUUUUCUGAUACCGUACCGAUUCAUGUUGUAGAUAUUUGUAAACCAUUUGUGGCAAAAAAUUAAGUUUGUUUUGAAAGUUCUUGUUGUUUGGGAUAUUUUUGCUUUUGAAGACCUUUUGAGAG